CAACCCAAAGUGAAACUUAACGAGAGUAACCAGCCCACGUGGGCUGCGAGUGUGUUCGUGUGUGUGUGUGUUUUCCUCUCCAUCUCUCUCGCCCCUCGGUCGUCCGUCCGUCUCGACUCUCCUCUUCCUGGACUUUGAGUCUGCGGAUCGACUAGUUCUUCCUCGUGAAGUGAAACGGCCGACAAUGCCGCUCGCCCCCGGCCGCUCGAGACGACUUCACCGAGCUCGGCCGCCAACAGCCUCCUAGCCAGCUUCGACAAGUCCAUUCUACAGAUUCGCGAUUGGCUGGCAGUGGAGCAAGAGAUGUUGCGACAGCAGGCCGUGGUCGUCGGGGAGGUGGGGGAGAUCCUGCAGGUUCUCGACAAGCAGAAGAAUGUACUCCGAGAGCUGGAGCACAAGAAGCCCCAGCUCGACGACCUGGUGCACACGGCCGAGAACCUCAAGGCGGACUCGAACCGGCAGCAGCUGCACAGCAAAGCUAUUUUGAACGAUUACUAUUCGUCGCCUCAUUUGAUGCACCUACGCACCUGUCUGAAAGUGACCAAGCUGCGCGAGCACUGGGACGAGACCAACAGCAAGGUGAUGUCGCGCAAGACGCAGCUCGACGCCAUGCUGGCCGACAGCCAGCGCUACGAGUCCAAGCGCCUCGAGGUGGACGCGUGGCUCAACCGCAUGGAGAUGCGCCUGGACCGCAUGGGGGCCGUGGGCCACACGGCCGACGUGCUGGAGGCCCAGCUGCGCGACCAGAAGGCCUUCCACGCCGAGCUCCACCAGUACAAGCACCACAUGGACCUGUUCUCGCAACUCACGCAGAAGCUGAUCGCCGUGUACCAGCAGGACGAUACCACCCGCGUCAAGAAGAUGACGGAGAUGGUGAACCAGCGGUACCAGAACCUCAACACCAGCAUUGUGAACCGCGGCAAGAUGCUGCAGUCCGCCAUGAACUCCCUGCACACGUUCGACCGCUCGCUGGACAAGUUCCUCGCCUGGCUGUCCGAGGCCGAGUCGUCCAUGGAGGCCAUGGAGGCCGACGCGGACCGCAUGGCGCAGCGACGCGACGGGCGCGACCAGGGCGGCGCCCUGCAGCACCAGCGGCAGCUCAAGGACCUGCAGUCCGAGAUCGAGGGCCACCAGGACGUGUUCGCGUCGCUCAACGGCCGGGGCCGCCAGCUGUUGGGAAGCCUGGCGUCGCAGGACGACGCCUUGAUGCUGCAGCGCCGCCUGGACGAGAUGAACACGCGCUGGGGCCACCUCAAGAGCAAGAGCAUGGCCAUCAGGAACCGGCUGGAGAGCAACGCGGAGCACUGGAGCGCGCUGCUGCUGUCGCUGCGCGAGCUCAUCGAGUGGGUCAUCCGCAAAGACACGGAGCUGACGGGCCUGGAGCCGCUGGCCGGCGACCUGGCCACCCUACGCAAGCAGCAGGACGACCACCGCGCGUUCCGGCGCCAGCUGCAGGACAAGAGGCCCGUCAUCGAGGGCAACCUGCUGAGCGGGCGGCAGUACAUCGCCAACGAGCCACCGCUGUCGGACACCAGCGACUCCGAAGCACGCGACCUGGACGCUGACUUCCGCGGCUACCGGUCCGCCGAGGAGCAGGCGCGCGACCUGACGCGCUGCAUCCGCAGGGAGGUGACCAAGCUGGCCGAGCAGUGGAACGCCCUGCUCAAGCGCUCCGACCACUGGGAGCGCCGCCUCGAGGACACGGUCACGGUGGCGCGCGGUGCUGGAGACGCUGCCCGAUUCUCGACAGCUCAGAGGAUGCGUGUGUUCCAGAAGAACUUGGAUGAACUUUCUGCUAGAAUGUCUACUGUCGAAUCGGUUCAAAAGUCUUGGCUCCCACCUAUGGAUAUAGCUGAAGCAAAUGAAAUGCAGGAUCAACUCCAGAAACUUGGGGAACAUCUCAGAAACAUUCAGAGAAGUGUGGAAGACAUAAAUGACCAAGCAGCAAUGUUUUCUUUGAACAAUGUGAAUAUAUCCGCCAAUAGUUUGAAGAGACAAGAAGAAUUAAAUACAAGAUGGAAGCUGCUUCAAGUUGCCGUCGAUGAACGCUACAAACAGUUGAGCGAUGUCGGCAAAGAAGGUGGAGCACCAAACCAUAGUUUCCUCACCGAGUCUGUUGAUACGCCUUGGGAGCGAGCAGUCAGUCACACCAAGGUGCCCUACUAUAUUAACCACCAUACUCAAACAACACAUUGGGACCAUCCCAAAAUGUUGGAGUUAAUGAAUUCACUUUCAGAAUUAAAUGAAGUUCGUUUCUCUGCCUACCGAACUGCUAUGAAACUUCGGGCUGUGCAGAAAAGCAUGUGCUUGGAUUUGUUGAGUUUGUCAACUGCUAUUGAAGCAUUUGAUUCCCAUGGUCUGCGAGCUCAAAAUGACAAACUAAUUGAUGUAUCAGACAUGAUUACUGUACUCCAUUCUGUGUAUGAGCAAAUGGCAAAAGAGCAUCCUGGCCUUGUUAUUGUACCUCUCUGUCUGGAUUUACUACUCAACUGGAUGCUCAACGUUUAUGACAGUCAACGAACCGGUCAGAUAAGAGUUCUGUCCUUCAAGGUUGGGCUCGUCCUGCUCAGUAAGGGACAUCUUGAAGAAAAGUACAGAUAUUUGUUCCGCCUGAUUGCUGACCCUGCUCGCCUUGUUGACCAACGUAAGCUUGGUCUCCUCCUUCAUGAUUGCUUACAAGUUCCUCGACAACUUGGAGAAGUCGCUGCUUUUGGUGGAUCAAAUAUUGAACCUUCAGUGCGGAGUUGUUUUGAAAAAGCUGGUAAAGACAAAGAAACUAUCGAAGCUGUUCAUUUCUUGAGCUGGCUGCAGCAAGAGCCACAAAGUAUGGUGUGGCUCCCAGUCCUACACCGCCUUUCUGCUGCUGAAACAGCCAAACAUCAAGCCAAAUGCAACAUCUGUAAGGAAUAUCCAAUUGUUGGAUUUAGGUAUCGCUGUUUGAAAUGCUUCAAUUUUGACAUGUGCCAGAACUGCUUUUUCUCUGGUAGAAAAGCUAAAAAUCAUAAGCUCACUCAUCCUAUGCAAGAGUAUUGCACAGCUACCACUUCAGGAGAAGAUGUUAGGGACUUUACACGUGCCCUUAGAAACAAGUUCAAAUCAAAAAGAUACUUCAAGAAACAUCCUAGGGUUGGCUACUUGCCUGUACAAACUGUUCUUGAAGGAGACAAUCUGGAAAGUCCUGCACCAUCCCCCCAGCACUCAGGCAUCAUGUCAGGUCACCAUACUCAUCCAGGCCCAGCACAUGGUGCUCAUCAUGAUGUUCACAGCCGUCUUGAAAUGUAUGCCACACGGCUAGCUGAAGUCGAACUUCGACCUAGGAGCAACUCUACCCCUGACUCGGAAGGGGAAAUGGAAGGAAACUUGGACGAGCACUCUCGCAUUCAUGAAAUAAUCACUUCUCUGAAUGGAGUAGAACCAAUGCCCGUCCCUCGCAGUCCUGUGCAAAUAAUGGAGGCAAUUGAUCAAGAUCAGCGUAGGGAGCUUGAAAAGUACCUCAGGGAACUGGAGAGGGAAAAUGCUUCCCUACAGGCAGAAUAUGAAAGAUUACGCACAAAACAAACUCCUGGAUCAACACCUGAUGAAGGCAACCGAAUCCAAGAUGUUGAACUAGCUAAUGAAGCUCGGUUACUGAGACAACAUAAGGGGAGGCUUGAGGCACGCAUGCAAAUCCUAGAAGAUCAUAACAAACAACUUGAAGCACAGUUGCAAAAGUUAAGACAAUUGCUCAAUGAACCAAAUGCUAACUCUCCUUCAAAGACUGGAACAUUACAAACCAGAUCUGUCACAGCCUCUCAACUUGCCACUGACUCUCCUGCCAAAAUGAAUGGGCACUACCACGAAACAGCAGGCAGCCGCUGGGAUGGUGGACGGGGGAGCCUAGAUCGAGUAGACUACAGACCGCCACCCCCUCCUCCAGGUGCUCACAACGUAGGGAAUCUUCUGCACAUGGCAGGAUCAGGGAGAAUUUAAAAGGAGACUUAAGUAAAGAACUGUCCAAACUUGUGAGUGUGCUUGGCACAGAAGAAGAUGUCUCAUUAAGUGAGAAAGAAACUGAAGAUGAAAACAAAUGAUGAUUAACUUUUAAACAAUAUUAUUUAACAUGAACUUCAAGCUAUGUUAUGUUUAAAUCUGAGCUUAAUAAGUGACUUAACUGAAAAUGCUAACAGUAUCGAUUCAUAAAAUUGAUACAUCUAUUCCUGUGGAGUGAAAGCAAUUUUGAUUAUGAAUGAUUAGAAUGAAUGAUGUUUGGUUUUAGCAUUCGUAGUUUAUUGGACAAUCAGGACUCAGGAUUAGCCCUAGGAGGAAAACCAUUAUUUCGUAGAUUAUAACAUUUUCUUACUGUCUGAACAGGUUUUGAAACCUAAUUGUGAAAAACAAUUUUUCAGUUCCUGUAGAAUAUAUGUAUUCUAUUGUGCAAUACAUCCAUGUAGUGAUUCAUUUACUCUGUGCUUGGUUGCCUUUGCUUGGCAGUUGUUAUUUUUACUAUAAUUUUAAGUUUCUCUUCUUGUCUUUUUCUUUUGUACAAACAAAUGUAAAUGUAUGUAUAGUAUGAAGGAUGACGCAAAAAAGACCACAGUAUAAGAACUAAAUACUGAGCUUAUUGGUAUCAGUGAAAAACGGCUCGAUAAUCUGUGCUUCUAGCAAAACUGAAACAGUUGCCUCUGUGACAAGUUCUACCAGUAUUCAUUGUGGAACUUUAUGCCACUGCCUCUGUAGUUUUAGCAAGGCCUUGUAUAAACCACGUACACAUAUCCUUUAAAUCUCACCAUAUCAUUCAUCAUAUCAUCAUAUCCCCAAAACAUGCAUUUACGUGACGUUGGCCGUUUCUUUGAAACUUUGCACCUCAAAUUGAUCUGUGGUGAGUGCGGAAAUGGUAAAGCUAAGAUUGUAGCAUUUUCUCAAUCAUCGUUGAAUUUAAUAGUUAAACCUAAUGGUAUAAUCUUUUUUUCACAUUUGCGAGUGGGUGACUUGCCAGUGCUGCUAAAAACUAAUUUUACCUGUGUGAAUUAGAUGAAUGAGAAAAAUGUGUUGUGAACAGGCUACUAUGUACUGUAUUUAAUAAAUCUAAGAAUAUGGUACUGACUGAAGUAGCCCAGCUCUUCCAGAUUCUGUAGAUACAUUGUUCUUGUUACAAAAGAAUAUAUAAUGCAAAGAUUUGUA